AAAAAUACUCUUUAAGGCGAUCAUGACACAACACGAAAAACAGAGAGUAAAUGGAGAUGAAGAAAUUAUAAAAGAGCUGUGUGUGUCUAAUGGACUAUCCUAUGAGAAGGUAUGUCAGGAGGGCAGCGGUGAAAUGGUUUUAGAGAUGUUUUUCUCUGGUUUCCCGCGUAUGGUGGGUCUUUCUCUUUUUCCCAGACUGUCUAGCCUCACUAUUGUAGGCCAAAGCAUCAGCUCAAUCCAGGGCCUGGAGUAUUGCCCGCUCCUCAGAGAAUUAUGGGUAGUGGAGUGCAAGCUGAAUGAGAUUUCAGGCCUACAUAACUGUUUGCAUCUGGAGAAGUUAUUUUUGUACGACAACAACAUUCACCAGAUCACAAAUUUAGAGAUGUUAGUCAAUCUUUGUGUUCUGUGGCUAAAUAAGAACCAGAUUUCCGACAUACAGGGACUGGAUUCACUUGUAAACCUUGAGGAGUUGAAUCUUGCUGACAAUGCUAUUGAGACUCUUGGUCAUAGCCUGGAUCCUAAUGGCAAUCUCCAAAAUCUAAACCUCUCAGGGAAUAAGAUCAGUUCCUUCAAGGAGCUGACUCAUCUGGCUAGGCUUCCUAGACUGAGAUACCUAAGCCUAAAGGACCCUCAGUGCAUCCCAAACCCAGUGUGUCUGCUCUAUAAUUACUACAUCCAUGUCUUGUACCACAUGCCAAACCUACAGCUCCUGGACACAUAUGACAUGUCAAGCAGACAGCUCAAAGACAUGGCAGAGUCUACAGUGUUGAAGAAAAUGAUGUAUUACACCAUGCGGGUACGUGGUUUGCAAAGACAGUUUGAUGAACUCAGAGCCAAGCUCAGGCAGCAGAGAAGAGAGCAGAUACAGUUACCAGAGGAGAGGAUACGAGUGCUAACACACACGCUAAGACAUCUGGAGUGUGAGCUUUCUCAUGUACAGUGUGCUGGUACGAAGUCAGGAGAGCCUGAAGACUUGACCUCUGACCUUUGUCAUACUCAUGCCCAUGAGCAGAGUCUACAGCACAAACUGAAUGCUCUUAAAAUCCGACUCAAGUACUGGAAACAACAUUUAGAUGAGGUAGAGUCAUAUCACCAGCAUAAUGUGACUUUGGCUUCAAAUAGAAAGGAGAUGAUGGUGCAUUUCCUGCUAUUGGAGCUGGAAACAGUGGGGAACAUUCGCUUUGAGGAGGGAAACACCGGCGACCCUUGGUUCACGUCCUGUUAUGAUCUCUUACUGUCUCGUUUCUGUGCAUGGGAUUAUAAACCGUACCACAUCUCUGGCAUAAAGAUCAAUCGGAUCAUCCGAAUCCAUAAUCGAGCCCUGAGGCAACGCUUCCAGGACAAAGUGCACACUCUUCUCUGCAGACAAGAGUCUUCACCCUUCGCACAGAACUAUAAACGCCAUAUGGAGUAUCUAUUCUAUGUGCCAGAUCCAGAACAUUCCUGUGAAAAUGAUGAGAUGCUACAAAUCCCAGAAAAUGGUUUUAAAAGUGCUGAUGCUUAUAAGGCAUUAGGCAGAGAGAGAGCCGUCCCUCUCUCUAACAGCAUGAGUGUGUCUGAUCGACUGAGAAUGACUUUCAUGCAAAGGACGAACUGCUCAACAUCAAGCCGAGAACCUCUGCCCUUCAGAUACGGUCAGUUAAUAAUAUCUAAAGUGUUCCUGGGUCGUAGUGUUGCAGUGAAGGAUGGUCUCCCCAUAGACUGUGAUCAUUAUCCUAAAGCAAAUUCAGUCUACCUUAGUACCAGCUUUAAACAACAAAGCCACACAGCACAAACAACCCCUGACAUGCUGUGUUCCUCCAGCCUGCCGAACAGCUGUGACUGUAAACAGCAGCAGAGACUGUGGUAUAUGUUUGACCACGAAAUGGUGCUUCCAGAAUACCUUGUGGACUUUGAAUAUGUAACCCAGGACACAGUCCAGCCCUCUCCAGAUUCCCCAUCCAGUUCUCAUAUGUCUCCUGCUGAUGCCCCAUCUGUGUCCCAUACUGCGUUGGAUCUGGAUGAGGAGGCAUUAAACUUGGAGCCCAUCCUGAAGUCCCACCCCAAGAUGCUCAGCCUAGAUGAGAAAGCCAUACUGACAGCGGCCAGAGCGAACAUCCUCAGUCAGAUCACAGUGCUGAAUCUACAUGGAAACAGCCUAAAUAAACUGCCUGAGAUUUCCCGACUCACAGCUCUGAAGAAUCUGACCCUCAGCUUCAACGAGUUAACUCAUCUGGAUGAUAUUUCACACAUGCCCAAUCUGGAGUCUCUGGAUGUUAGUUUUAACCAUAUUUCCUCUCUGGAGGGUCUGCGUGGACUUGGUCGACUGAUAGAACUAGACCUUUGCUGGAAUCAGUUGACCCGAGUCAGGGAUGACAUGAAUAUUUUGCGUAAACACACACCAGCCUUGCUCCGACUGGACACACGGCACAAUCCUUGGCACAGGAAUGAGAGUGUGCGUAUGGUGGUUCUCAGUCGGCUGAAGACUCUCACUCAUUUAGAUGAUGUUUUAGUGAUGGAGGAGGAAGCAGCUGCUGCGGUUCAAGUAGCCGCUCGGUCUCGAAUUAAUCAGGCAUCUCUGAUGAGCCACUCUCGCACUGACAGCGAACGUCCCCGCAGUCUGAGUCUGCUCUCCUCCGCUCACCUGCUCACACAGAUCAGCUCGUCCCCAUGGAAACACUCGCAGGAGCUUGAGUCAGGCUGGACCAGCAAAAUCACAGCACUGAAUCUUGAUAGUCAGCGGUUGACCCGGAUCAGUAAUCUAGACCGACUGGUCAAUCUACGCUGGGCUUCUUUUGACCAUAACGAAUUAACCAGAAUUGAAGGUCUGGACCACUGCCACCUGCUUGAGGAACUUUCUCUUAACUACAACAGUGUCAGCAGACUGGAAGGCUUGUGUGCGAUGCCUCGUCUGACGCGUCUGAGCAUUAACAACAAUCACCUGCAAUGUUUAGAUGGUGACGUUUUAGACCAGCUACCAAACCUUCACUUCCUCUCUGUCGAAAACAAUAUUAUCUCCUCUUUGCAUGGACUUCAGAGGUCACGCUCCUUAUUUGAGCUGUACGUCGGCAACAAUGACAUCAGCACGACAAGAGACAUAUACCAUUUAAAGGCACUGUCUAGUUUAGUUAUUCUAGAUCUAUAUGGGAAUCCCCUAGUAAAAAAACUGGAGAACUACAGGAUCUACAUGGUUUUCCAUCUGCCAUCUCUCAAAGCACUGGACGGAGCUGCUGUGGAAAUGAGUGAAUCAGAAACUGCUAAAGAUGUAUUUGGAGGACGACUCAAUGCAGAUAUGGUGGCUGAGAAACUGGGCCAUACCAACUACAGAGACCUGUCAGAACUCAACCUGCACUCCAGCUCCAUCAGGAUGGUGGAUCUAACUCCUGCUGAUUUGUUUGGUAAUUUACGCAGUAUUAAUCUAGAACACAAUAACCUCACCUCAUUCAGCGGUCUCAUCUUCCUUCCCAACAUUAAGGUGUUGUCUUUAAACUAUAACCACGUCGAGUCAAUUCUCCCACGUCAAAAAGUUCAGAGUCAUAUGAGCAACAAGCAGAUUCUCUAUCAUAAAGUUAGUUCCAGCGGAUACGGGCAGCAGAACAGCAGACCCAGCAGGGAGGGAUUAACUGAUAAUCUGGAGCCCCUGAUGUCCAGUUUGGAGGUUUUACAUUUAGGUCAUAAUGGCAUAUCUAAUCUGAUCAAUCUACAGAUUAGCCGACUGACAAAUCUCAGGGCUCUGUUUCUACAAGGGAACGACAUCAGUCAGGUGGAUGGAUUGGAUGGUUUACAAAAGCUGCGUGAGCUGGUUCUGGAUCGAAAUCGAAUUAAAUCUUUGAGUGAAAACUCAUUCUGUGGGCAGGCAGUGCUGCUGGAUUUACACCUAAGAGAGAAUCGCAUUCGGGAACUAAACCACCUGCAGCCGCUCACAGGGCUCCGCAGGCUCUUCUUAGACAUGAACAAAAUACAGGAUAUUUCAGAGCUGGAGAAACUGGAGACACUGCCUUCCCUCCUAGAACUGUCUGUAAUGGGCAAUCCAGUGACACGGCGAUCUCUGCACAGGCCGCCAGUGAUACUGCAUCUGUCCAUACUGCAGGUUCUGGAUGGAGUAACUGUCAGCCUGGAGGAAAGAACCAGGGCAGAGCUUUUAAAUAAUGAAGCACAGAGUUCUAGUUCAGGUGGUGAAAUGACGUUACCGGGUUUAGUACCAAUGGUGACCCGACCGACUCCUUUAAGAAGUACAGGAAUGCACACACUUGUAGCUGACCAGCAGGAUGACACACACGAUACCAGCAGAUAUAAGAAGCAGAGAGCAGUUGCCUCUCUAUUACGUGGAGUUCAGAGUGACGUUAACUUCAGACAGUUUAGAGGAUCUUCCAGUCACUACAUGACAGCACUGCAGCAAAGCGGAUACAGAGUUCUGUCCACUUUCCCUAACACUGAUUCUGAGACCAGGUAUCAGUGUCACAGUGGACCCAGACCACCUCCUCCUCCUCCUCUGUAACAUCAGGGCUAUAGAAAGUAUGUGUGCCACGAGUUUCAGCUUUGAUCUUGUGUAUUGUUGUUUACUGAGGCUCUCACAUUUAUAAACUCUGAAUCUUAAUAUGUAUUUAUUUAAGAUAGCA